AUGACAGACGCAACAAAUUAUCCCCUGUCCGGUCUCUGGCAGCCCACGCAACUUCAGAGACUGCAUUAUGGACCCGACUCUGUCAAACAGCAUCUACUGUCCUGUCUUCCUAAAGAGUCCAGCAAAGCAUUCAUCAUCACCGGUAACUCACUCGCCAACAAAACACCCCUCGUAAAACAAGUCGAGGAACUUCUGGGCUCGCGACACGCAGGCACCUUUUCCAAAAUCGGAGAACAUGCACCAGUCGCACAACUCGACGAAGCAACCAAGUUAGUAAAGAAAGAUGAUAGCAUCGAUACCGUCAUCUCUGUCGGUGGCGGAAGCCCCAUUGACAGCGCCAAAGCAAUCAGCUACCGUCUACACGAAAAGACUGGAAAUUACCUCUACCACAUCUCUAUACCAACCACGCUGAGUGCAAGUGAAUGCACAUUCAUGGCCGGCUACACGCAAUCCGACGGCGUGAAAACCGGUGUCAGAGGCAAAGAACUAGUCCCAAGCGUUGUAAUCUACGAUUCCAAGUUUGCUCUUCACACACCCGAGCGUCUUUGGAUGAGCACAGGCAUGCGUGCCAUGGAUCAUGCCAUUGAGUUACUGUAUCAUCCCACCGCCACGGAGAUGCCUGCGCGGUGGCUCACUCUACAAUCUGCGGCCACGUUGUUCGAGAUUCUGCCCCUGUAUAAGAAGGACCCCAAGAACGAGAAUAUAAUUACGAAGCUACAGCUUGCGGCUUUUGCGUCGCUGGGAUUUAUGGGGUAUAACAUGAAGGGCGGGUUGGGACUGAGCCAUGCGCUGGGGUAUGCACUUGGCUCACCGUAUUCGAUUCCUCAUGGCAUUACGUCUUGUCUUACGCUGGGGCAUGUGGUCAAGCUCAAAGCUCAGGAUCCUGCUGCUGCAGAGCAGAUUGUGAGGUUGUUGCCGUUUAUUGGCGAGAGUGCGUCGGGUGAUGUGAAGAAAGAUGCGGAUAGGGUUGGGGAGAGGGUUUUGCAGUUGGUAAAGGACCUGGAACUGGACAGUGAUUUGAGCAAGUACAAGGUUGGCAAGGAUCAGAUUCCGAUUAUCACGGAGCGAGCUACUGGGGGGCAGAAGGAGGGCCAAGUUUAUGAGGCUGUGGAGGGUUUGGUCAAAGGGCUUUUUGCUUGA